UUUGCUGGAACCACCCAGAGCCACCAUAGCAACAGGAACCUUCCCCGAGCUUCUGAUUGGACUGUACGAUUGUUUGUUUGACCGCCGAUUGGUUGCUGUGUUACUAAUGGAUCUUGUGAAACAUACAGGCGGCUGCCACUGUGGGGCUGUUAGAUUUGAAGUCUGGAAUCCCCCAGACCUCCAUGUUUUUGAGUGCAACUGCAGCAUUUGCACAAAGAAACAAAACUAUCAUUUCAUUGUUCCAAAACAUCACUUCACACUCUUACAGGGGUCAGAUAAUCUGACCAUUUACACCUUUAACACUCACGUUGCUAAACACACCUUCUGUAAAACCUGUGGAGUUCAAAGUUUCUACACCCCGCGCUCCAACCCUGAUGGAUAUGGUGUCGCUCCACACUGUCUGGAUCCAGGUACCGUCCGCGGUGUCACAGUGGAGAAGUUUUGUGGGGAGAAGUGGGAAGAAAGCAUGCAAGCUCACAAGAGCAUCAGAGACAUGUCUAAAUCUGCAGCAGACACACAGCUGAGAGAAACUAAAUAACACCACUCUGAUACAAGAAUCAAACUUUUUUUAUUAGCUGUAAAUCAGAAAUACUGUACAAUAUCUUUGAAAUAAUAGGAUAACUUGGUUUUAUACAGUGUUUUGACUCAAAACAAUAAAGAUGUUCUGUUUUUGUUAUUUCAAA